AUGCGCACUCCCAGCUGGCAGAUAUAUCUUUUCACCAUCGAAACAAUAAUCACUCUACCGUUUUACACGACUCUGAUCGUUUCUCUCAUUGUUUGGAGGCGACGAAAUAAUGUGUUCCGGUCGCCGUACUACACAAUCACUUUAGCGCAGGUUUUGUACAAAAAUGAUCGUUUUGGAUUCGCCAAAAUUUUGCUGUUUUGAAAAAAAAAAACGUUUUUUUAGUAAGCGUCAAAAAUAUCGAAAAAACGCAAUGAACAGACGUUUCUGCGACUCUUUCGAAGCUUGUUGUUGAAAAUUAAAGGUCUUAAAAAAGAAAGAGGCAGAAAAAUCGCUCCGGUGGUCUCAUGAAACGAAGAAGCUUCAUUAAAAAUAACUUAUUUCCAGGUCCUACCCGACUUUCUCAUCGUAGCCACCUAUCUGCUUCUUUGGAUGGCCAGAUUCUUUCAUAUAGGGAACGAGUUCGUCUUCAAAUACCAGGACUAUUUCUUCGCCGACUACAUUAUGAUCCAAUCCACGCUUUUACUGAUAAUGAAAGCGUUCGCUGUGGCGGCGAUCGCGAUCCAAAGAUACAUUUCUUUGUGCUGCCACACCAGCUGGUUGCACCAGGUACAACCGAACGAACUCAAUGAAGUUGAGAAAGAAUUUCUAAGAACGUUUGCUAAGCCGUUAUUAAAGGAACCCUGGAUAGCAUUUAAAAAAAAGAUUUCUCAACCAAGUUAUACAGCCUUAAAAUAGCCAAAACCAAUCUAGCCAGCACCUUUUUUCGAAACGAUAAACUUAAAACUUUGAGGCGUUGAAACUUGCCUGAAAGCCGGGAAAAGAGAAAAAAAAAUUUUGCAAUCAGGGUUCUUGAAAGCACCUUUCGGCAAAUUUUCCUCAAAUUAUCAGAGCUGGAUUGUUUUAACUUCUCUUGUGAGUUAAUCUCAAACCUCGAACAAAAAGAGAAGACAAACAAUGAUAACAAUUUCAACAAAUUUUUUUGCUUAUAAUUAGAAAGCUUCAAAGUGCUCCAAAAAGUCUAACAGUUCCAGAAAAUGACAACAUGUCCAAUUUGGAUCAUCUACCUUGUCAUCUGGGGCCCUCCGAUUUUGAUUUGUUCUCCGAUAUGGAUAAUAGGCGAAGCAAAGAUUGUCGAUUCUCAGACACUAACCUUCAUUGUUCCAGAAACAGUUACAAGGGUGGGAAAAAUACGUUUAAUUUCAAGAGCCAAUUUUACAGAUUUCUGCAAUGACAAAUUUGUUGACGCUUACCCCAAUUUUUUUCAUCGUAUUUUUGCUUUACGCAAGAAUUUUCGAAUACUUGGUCGUCAAUAGAGAGCUACUGAAAAGGUUGAGUUUGAUCAUGAUUUUGAAGCUGUUCGAAAAUUGGUCCGAAAUUAUCGGAAGCCGGCCUAUUUCGACAAAUUUUGCGGGAAAAUCGAAACUUCUUACUGGAAAAACCCCCCAAAUUUUUUCGUUUUUUUCAGGAAGAGUGACAAAAAAUUGAACCAGGAGCGACGGCUGAGCUUUCAAGUUCUUCCACUCAUUUUUUCAUUCGUUUUGAUUUAUGCCUAUGCCGUGGCUUGUUUGAUUAUCAACGAGCUUGGACGGGUUUUCCUUUCCACAAUUUUUUUUUCAUCGAAAAAUAUAUUCCAGCCAGACCUGUUAAUCGCCUAUAUGCACCCGAACUACCCGGUGAUAAUGAGCACUUUCGCGUUCAUCAAUCCGUGGACCCUGCUGAUUCUCAACUCCGAUGUCCGUCGGAACCUUUUCGGAUCUUCAAACACGAACUUCCUGGUGACCUCUCGAGAUUUUAAUCGUUCAGAAUAUGAUAUUUUUAUAGGAGACGUCCAGUCGCCCCGCUGUACAAGCCAUUCGAGUCGGCACAGUUAUAACCCAAUCUGUGACACCUUGA